CAACGCAAUGCACUAUCCGUUUUGCUUUGGCAAAUGAUUCAAACUUUGUCAUUCUUAUCUUUGAUCCCUUCACGUUUUCAAAGUUGUCGCGUUCUUCUAUGUUUGUUUUUUUCUUUUUUUGUAUCCGAAACAAGAUUUUCCAACCCACAUUACUUAAAUUACUUACCUAUCUUUCCCUAACCUACUCAAUAACAAAGACAAUUACAUUUACCCUCACACGGAGAGAGAGAGAAUUAAUGAAUCUCCUUCAUUUGUUUAAUCCCUACAAGUGGAUUAUGUUUCCAUUAAGCUCUUUUGCAUAUAAAUAGGACUCAUCCAACCCAAUCCACAAUGCAACCGAUUCUUUUUUCCUACAUAUUACCAUUUCUUGUAUUGAAGCUUAGAUGGGGAAAUAGCUUAAAGUUCCAUUCUUUUCUUGAUUCUUAAUUCUUGAUUCUUAAUUCUUUAUUCUUAAUUCUUAAUUCUUGAUUCUUGAUUCUUGAUUCUUGAUUCUUGAUUCUUAUUUGGUUUGUGGAAAUGGGUAGUGUUGGAUUGUUGAAGAAUCCCGCCAUGGUUUGUGCUCCAUUAAUGGCCCCAUCAGUGGACCAAUUGGUUCAUGGUAUGCUUCAGGCAAAAGCACAAGGUGCUGAUUUAGUUGAGAUUAGGCUGGAUGGUAUCCACAACUUCCAACCCCAGAAAGAUCUUCAAGUCCUCCUAAAAAAUAAUCCACUUCCUGUUCUCAUUGUUUACAGGCCAAUAUGGGAAGGAAAUGAGUUUGAAGAGGAUGAUGACCACAUCCACAAGCAGUUGGAAGUCCUUCGGUGGGCUAAAGAAUUGGGAGCUGAUUAUAUUGAGUUGGACCUCAAGAUAGCUAGUGACUUCACGAAAAAAGAAAAGUCGAGGUGGAGUAGUGGUUGUAAAGUAAUUGCAUCAUGCUUUGUGGACAAUGUGACCUCAAAAGAAGACCUCAGCCAAGUUGUUGCACACAUGCAAUCUACUGGGGCUGAUAUCCUCAAAAUUGUUACAAAUGCAAAUGACAUUACAGAACUAGAGAAAAUGUUUCACUUGCUUUCACAUUGCCAGGUACCACUUAUUGCAUACUCUCUUGGGGAAAGAGGUCUCAUAAGUCAGUUGUUGGGCCCGAAAUUUGGUAGUGUCCUAGUAUAUGGAUCUCUUGAUUGUAAUGCUGUACCUGGUCUGCCUACUCUCGGCAGCCUUAGACAAGCCUAUGGAGUUGAUUUUAUGGAUACUGAUACUAAAGUGUUUGGGCUCAUCUCUAAACCAGUGGGUCAUAGUAAAGGACCUAUUUUGCAUAAUCCUACAUUUAGACAUGUGGGGUACAAUGGAAUUUAUGUUCCAAUGUUUGUCGAUGAUCUUAAGGAGUUCUUCAGGGUCUACUCAAGUCCUGACUUUGCUGGUUUCAGUGUUGGGAUCCCUUACAAGGAAGCAGUGGUGAGUUUUUGUGAUGAAGUCGAUCCUCUGGCUAAGUCUAUAGGGGCUGUAAAUACUAUCAUACAGAGGCCUUGCGACGGAAAGCUAAUUGGUUAUAACACAGAUUGUGAGGCUUCUAUAACAGCCAUUGAGGAUGCUUUGAAAGUAAAUGGAGCAGCUUUUCUUCCUUCUCCACUCGCGGGUAAACUGUUUGUGCUGGUGGGUGCUGGAGGUGCAGGAAGAGCUUUGGCAUUCGGAGCCAAAAGCAGGAGAGCUCAAAUUAUGAUUUUUGACAUUGAUUUUGAUAGAGCAAAGGCUCUUGCUGCUGCAGUUUCUGGUGAAGCUCUGCCAUUUGAGAAUUUAGCUUCUUUUCAGCCUGAGAAAGGUGCAAUCCUUGCCAAUGCAACACCUAUCGGAAUGCAUCCAAAUAAAGAUAGGAUACCUGUUUCUGAGGCAACCUUGAAGGAUUAUCUAGUGGUGUUUGAUGCUGUUUAUACACCUAGAAAGACUACUCUGCUGAAAGACGCUGAGGCUGCUGGAGCAAUCACUGUCAGUGGAGUUGAAAUGUUUCUUAGACAGGCCAUUGGCCAAUUCCACCUUUUCACGGGAAGUAAAGCACCCGAAGAAUUCAUGCGCGAGAUCGUUAUGGCAAAAUUCUAAUUAUCAAGAAUUUCCAUGGAAUUUGUCUCUCUUCAGAAUGAACAAAAAAAUUGACCUGACAUGAAACGGCGACAGGGUUUGGAAAGGAGAAAAUAUAUGCAAGAAAUCUUUAUGUUAACUUUUUUUUUUAUUAGCAAGAGAAAAUAUUUACAUAAAUGUAUUUAUCAGUAUAUUUAAGACAAGUGGCUAGUUAGUAUUAAGUGGAUAUCAAAGCAAAAGGAAUGCUUUCCAAGUUGUAAUUCAACAAUUUAUGGAAACAGCGACCCAUUUAAAGAAACGAUCGUAAGUAAAAUGUA